GGAGCGAUGCGGGCGAGCGGAGACCGGUGGCGCGCGGGGGUCGCGUGCCUCCCGGUGUUGAUGGCUUUGGCGCUCGGCCGCAGCCCGGUGGCGCACAGCGGGAACGAGCCCAGCAACAUGUCGUAUGUGAAAGUCACGGUGGACAAACUGCUCAAAGGCUACGACAUCCGGCUCAGGCCCGAUUUUGGAGGUCCUCCGGUGGAUGUGGGGAUGAGUAUCGACAUCUCCAGCAUCGACAUGGUGUCCGAAGUGAACAUGGAUUACACCAUAACCAUGUAUUUCCAGCAGUCAUGGCGCGAUAAGCGUCUGUCCUACACAGGGAUUCCUCUCAAUUUGACGCUGGACAACCGUGUAGCCGAUCAGCUUUGGGUGCCGGACACUUACUUCAUAAACGACAAGAAAUCCUUUGUUCAUGGGGUCACUGUGAAAAACCGCAUGAUUCGCCUGCAUCCAGAUGGAACCGUGCUCUAUGGCCUCAGGAUAACCACAACCGCAGCCUGCAUGAUGGACCUGCGCAGAUACCCUCUGGAUGAACAGAACUGCACCCUGGAGAUCGAGAGCUAUGGCUACACCACAGAUGACAUUGAGUUUUACUGGCAGGAGGGGAGUUCAGUAACAGGAGUGGACAACAUUGAGCUGCCACAGUUUUCCAUCAUCGACUAUAAAACUUUAUCUAAGAAGGUGGUAUUUGCCACAGGCUCGUACCCUCGUCUGUCUCUGAGUUUUAAGCUGAAGAGGAACAUCGGAUAUUUCAUCCUCCAAACCUACAUGCCAUCAAACCUGAUCACCAUCCUGUCCUGGGUCUCCUUCUGGAUCAACUAUGAUGCCUCUGCAGCACGGGUAGCUCUAGGAAUCACCACUGUGCUGACCAUGACUACCAUCAACACUCAUCUGCGGGAGACACUUCCUAAGAUCCCCUAUGUAAAGGCCAUAGAUAUCUACCUAAUGGGCUGCUUCGUCUUUGUCUUCUUGGCCCUGCUUGAAUACGCCUUUGUCAACUACAUUUUUUUUGGCCGAGGCCCACACCUACAGAAGAAGGUGGCGGAGAAAGCUGCUAAGAGCAACAAUGAGAAGAGCAGGCUGGAAAGUAACAAAGUCCAGGUGGUCGACGCCCAUGGGAACAUUCCGCUCACCAAUCUCGAUCUGCGCCUCACCGGUGCUGAGAUGCUGGGCAGUCUUGGAGACCCUCGGAAUACCAUGUUUUCUUACGACAGCGCGAGCAUCCAGUACCGCAAGCCCCUGACAGGUCGUGACCUGUAUGGCCGGCCCACUGCUUCCCUCGAGCGGCCGAUCACGCACAAGAAAAGCCGCUUGAGGAGGCGAGCCUCUCAGCUUAAGGUGAAAAUUCCAGACCUGACGGACGUGAAUGCUAUUGACAAGUGGUCCCGUGUCAUCUUCCCCAUCACCUACACCUUCUUCAACCUGGUGUACUGGCUUUACUAUGUCCACUAGGGGGCAGCGGUGCACUUGGCUCAGCUUCCACUCAUCAGGUCUGGCCAGGCUUUCUCAACAAUCAUUUGCUUGUGACUUUUUUUGUCACAAACGUGGUCUUUUCCU